CCAGUAGCUGGCAUUCUGGGUGCUCCCUCGGUCAUUCCGGUUGGAGUCGGAGAUACGAGCAGUGCCUUUGGCUCCCACCUCUGGCAUCUUGAACCUUGGUUGUCUCUCAAGUGCUGUGGGCUGUUGCUCCAAUUGUUCCCAACAUUCUACCUCUUCUGUCACGGGUCGCGAUGGCAGCCCAUCCUGGCCCUCUGUCUGAGGCAGGGGCAGAAAGCAGGCUCCAGGAAGUCAACUGGCAGCUUCGGUCACAGCUGGAAAAAACCAGCCAGGACUUCCUAGACCUCAAGGAAAAAUUCCUUGUAUCCGAAGCGACGGCCUACUCCCUGGCCAACCAACUGCGGAAAUACAAGUGUGAAAAGUCGAGCGACCUCAUCAAAUCCGUGCUGGGGGAGAAGGUGCUGUGUGAGAAAGUCAAGCGGGCAGACACGUUGCCUGAGAAGCUCAGGCUAUGUCAUCUGCUGAUUCAAGACCAGGCGAAAGAACUGACCCGCUUAUAUAAGAAGUUGCGGGAAGGGGAAGAGGUUUCCCAGUUGCUCUUUCAGCACCUGGAAGCCCUCCUCAUCCAUGAUGGCGCUGAUCAUUCCCAAGGGCCGGGCUUACGAGGGCAACUGGCUGAGGGACGCAGGCUGGCCAAGUGCCUUGCCCGAAAGCUCAGCCCAGAAAAUUACGACCACGACGGGGACGACGACGACAACGAUGACGAAGAAGAAGAAGAAGGAGAAGAAGAAACAACACUGACUAUCGUACAGUACAACCAAAUGGAUCAGGAGGGGCUGAAAGGCCAGGACUCCGUUGCCCCUAGGCUCACCACACAGCUGCUAGAGCAGGACACCUCACGGGACACUCCGGAUGAACGCUACCAGACAUACUCAGUGCUUCCCGAUAUGUCUGACUCCUACUGGCCUUACAGGAGCUCCGCCAUCUUCUCACCGGAGAACCCACAAGUCUGUUCCUCUCUGCAAGUGGCCAAAUAUCAAUUGAAUCAUGAGGAGGAAGAAGGCCAAGACCCACUAUGCCCCAGGUAACUCUGAAGAAACUUGGCUCCUUUUAGGGGUGAAUUGAAGGACUGUAUUUCAAGGAACAAAUAG